CAAUAAAUAUCUACCCUCAGCUGCCUCUACAUUGUUCCUUCACACACACCAUUUGCAUCGCUUCUCUCUGUUUUUUCUCUAACGAACAAACCUUUUCUCACAACGAUGGCCCAGGAAGAUGUUGCUGCUGCGAAUGGUGCUACAGUGGUGGAGAAGUCUGUUACCUUCACUGCCUACAAGCCGCAGCUGAUCGUGGAGGCUCAGAAGGUCGGUGAAGCUGUUGCUUUCUACAAGGAUGUGUUUGGUGCGACUGCGACGGAGACUGAACACUCUCUCUACCCUAAGCGCAAGGCUGACCAGGAGCUCCCUCACGUUGUCUCCGCUGAGAUCAAGCUCGCUGGUGCUACCGUCGUUGUCUCCGACGUCUCUGUUCACUCUGGCUCUAAUGUGAAGACGGGGACUGUGUCUGCACUCCUCGAAACUGAUGACGUGGAAGCUGCCGUUGCGAAAGCCGUGGCCGCCGGAGCUGUGAAAGUUGAGGAGGUCGCGGAGGGGGAAGCUGAAGGUGGGGUGAAGGGAAAGGUGACUGACCCGUUCGGUUUCACCUGGAUCUUUGUUUCUCCGGUGGAGAAGAGUGACAAGGAAGAAAACAAAGAGGUGGUCUAACUGUCGUCGUCGUCGGAUCUGAUCGUUCGUCGGUUUCUGAACAAACUUCUAUUAUCCUUUAUUAUGCUUUUGUAGUUUGUCUUUUGUGGAAUCUCCGGUUAUUAGUAAAACCGGAUCGGUUAACUUAUGACUUUUGUUGAGUUUAAUUUCACCCUUUUGACAUUAAGACUUAGUGAAAUAAAAACGAAAAUCAUCUCGGAUAUUAA